GACUUGGAUGAGGCUAUCGCGCUUCACAGCGAAGCAGUUGCUUUUCUCCUGGUCGGUCACACAGAUCGGUCCAUGUCAUUAAACAACCUCGCGACUCAACUCUCCACCCGCUUUUGCCAUCGAGGCAACGACGAAGACUCAGAUGAGGCUAUCGCACUUCACAGCAACGCGCUGGUUUUGCGC